AUGUAUAGGACUCCCAUCACGGGUCAUAAAUCACAAAAAUUAUGGCUGAAACCGCAUAAAAAGCUCAACAGAUUCGUUGGCCUUUAUUCAGCUCUUCGCAAGCUCUAUCGGUUGUAUAAGACGCUACCCCGGGACGAAAAAGCGAAGGUGCUUCGCUAUCGCCAUCUCAUCUUAUUACGGUACUUCCGACCCACAAAGCAAUUGCAGUGGAAUGGUAAGAUCGACAGCACGACCAAAUAUGAACCUACCGAUGAAACUAUGCGUGUGGUCGUGGAGAACAUCACGUAUCCUGAACCGCCUGCUCCAGGUCAGGAUUCUACAGCCAAACAAGAGCAAGCCCCGACAGCAGAAUUGGUAAAGCAAUAUAUCGACAUCAUGGAAGACAUUCCUGAAGAAGACGAGGAGUGGGUGGAUCCUUUGAAUGAAGAUUGGGAUCUUAUCCGUGUGGCUCUUUCGGAGUCCGCGUCGGUGCGUUUGUACAUGAAAAGAUGGGAUCGAAAACGUCUACAUUCUCUUGUGGGGGGCUACGAGAUCAUCUACCGAGACGAAAGCGUUUUAUCAAUUGAUCGUCUCAAUGCUACAACACUCUUAUCAUUGGUGCACUUAAGCAUUAUGCGAAAGGAGUGGAAAACAGCAUACGUAGCAUUUGCAUUAUUAUCACGAAUGUCACAGGUGGAUUGGCGAAGACUAUGGCCAAUGGGGAUGGAGAUCCUACAACAACUUAAGAUGCUGCUGGUUGAAGCUCAAUAUGCAAAUUGGUUGGAACGUUUCAUCGCCGGCUUGCGAUUCGCCCAAAACAAUUGCUUGACGGCGGAUUCUUUGACGUGGGAGGGUUCAUCAAAAAAAUUGGUAGCAAGUUUCAUCGUUGCACGCUUGUGGCGUCUUGUUCUCCAUGGGAAAUACUCUCAAUGUCUUGAUAAGCUCGAGUCAUUGAUGGUAACCGAACCGUAUUUACUGAGUGGUGUUUGCUAUUGUAUCAGAGCGACAGCACUCAUUGGUAAAUGUGCAUCUACUCUUGACCCAGACGCAGCUGAGAGUAUGAUUGAGUUGAUCGAACGCGACAUUAAGGAAGCAAGAAGAUAUGACUAUUAUAUUCCACCGGAGUUUUUUGCAGAACAACUUCGAAACUUGUCAAUCGUCAAUGUCGAGUUGGUCAAUCGAGUACAAGCUGCAGUUAGUCUGCCUGACCUUGAUUCCGAAGCUGAAAUUAUUGGUGACACUACUGCGGACGGCCAGAUUCUCGAAGAACGCCGAAAUCAACAGGACUUUGACAUUGAGGAUUGGAGCAUCAUUGCCGACGAUGACGAAACCCCAGUGGUCGAACCUACAAAUGAUGAUAUCGUAGGCGACGAUGGUGGUAAUGAAGGUUGGGGUGACAUCCCUGACGAUGAAGACGAUGAAAACGAAAUUGUAGCGGGCUCUACCAAUUUCGACGAUGAAUGGGGUAAUAUUGAAGAUGAUAAUGAGAGUGCAGACGAACAUGGCGGUGAACGUGACCAAGAAGCUCAGCACGGUACUCAAAAUGAUGAAUGGGGUGACAUUGAAGACGACGAAGAGGCUGAGGAUAUCGCUCCUAAUGACGAUGAUGGUUGGGGAGACAUUCCUGAUGAUGAUAGUGAUGGUGAUUGA